AUGUGCCUGUGUUUAACUCGGGGCCCGUUGCCUUUAUUCAAACUCAUCGGUAACAUACACUUCAAGAACAUCAAGACUCGAAAAACACAAAAGCAUACUACAGAAACGGGCACCGUCUCAACGAUUUGUCCACCUUGUAACUGCGAUGACUGUACAACUUUGCCCACCUUUGCCCCAAAAUUUGUCCAACAAAAUGAAAUUCGCUAA